AUGGAUGAACAUUUUGAAGAAAACAAAAAUUUAUACAACACACCUGUUGCCAUUGAAAAUGAUAGUAUAUUGGAUUUUAAAAGUCCAGAACAGUUUCCUAAGACAAAAUUGAAUGAAUUCAGUAAUUCCAAUAUGCAUCAAAGGAAACGGACAGUUACAAAAUUUGAGAAUUUUGCCAAAAGUCGUAAAGAUGUAAAACUUAAACAAAAAAGAAAUUUACAAGAAUCUAAGUCUUCAAUAGAAUCAUCCUUUUUUAAAUCUAAAGAUAAUUGCGAUCAUAAAGAUAUCACUAUUAAUAUGAAGGUGGCUCUUGUAUGUCCCUUAUGUUUCAAAACAUUUAAAGAUUUUAAUUCCCGUACAUUACACAUGAAGAUUUGUGCAUACAAGAACAAUAUUCCUACAAAAAAGCUACUAGAUGCUAUAGAACUUCAACAACGUCAAGAAGAUGAAAGAAAAUCAUUAGGUUUGCCUGCUGCACCUAUACUACAAGACAAAAAGAAAUUAGUGUCACAUAAAACAAGUUUGUAUGAAGAAUCUAAUCUUCAACUUGCAUUAGCAUUAUCCAAGUCACUUCAAGAAGUAGAGGAAUUAGAUUUAAUUAAUAAAAAUGAAGCCACACCUAAAUUGUCAAAUCAAUUUGUAUUAGAAACAAAUGAAUUGAUUUAUGAAAGGCAGUUGGAAAAAUUUGGAUUUGUAAGCAAUAAACUUCCACCAUUUAUAAAAAAUAAAAAGAGAAAGAACACUGAAGUAACUGUACUUCAAACACGUUCUUUAGAAGAGAGAAAUCAUAUUUUAACUGAAAGAAUUUCAGAAAUUUUAAUAGGAAAUGAACCAGUUACUCAAAAGCAAAAAGAAGAAAUUAAAUUUAAUCGUGUGAUUGAUAAGGAAACCAUUUUAAAAAGUCAUUUACUACAGAAACUUUGUAAUAAGGAAGAAAAAUUAUGGGAUAAAGCAAAGCUAACUCUAAAUCAAAAAUAUUUUUAUGUUCCAAAUCUAUCAGAAUAUGUAAUUCCAAGAGAAAAGCAAGUAGUAGAAGAAACAAGUUUAGAAUUUACAAAUACAUGUAACAUACAUGAUACAAGAUUAAGUCAAUAUAAAAUAAAAACUUAUAAUAAUGAAGAAGAAUAUGAAGAAGAAACUUAUAAUAAAGAAUCAUGUUUUAUAAUGGAAAAAUGUGAAAAUUGCCGAAAUAGACAGUUCAUCAAUACUGUAAUUACAAACUGGGCUGAUGCAUUAAAUAACAGCUCUGCAAGUGAUAUAAUAAUAUUUGUUAACAAUGAUAAGUAUAUUUGGGCUCAUAAAUUAGUUUUCUAUGUACAGUGUUCAAACAUACUACUUGAUGCUACACCUAAUGAUAUUUCACGAUUUACUAAAAUUAAAGAGAAAAUUUGUUGGAUAGAUAUAUCUUAUAAUAUUGCCUUAGCAUUUUUGGAAUUUAUUUAUUGUGGAAUUAUAAAAAAGUAUUUGAAUAUUUUUGAAGAUUUAAGGAGCUUUUCAUCUUUGAGAAGUUUGGCAAGAAAGUAUAGAGUAAAAGAAUUAUUUUUUUUUUUGCAAAAAAAGGAAAUGGAAAUAAAACAAGUAGCAGAUCGAAUGCACAGUAAACAUAGUAAAGAAUUAAUUUUAAAAGAAAACUAUGAUGUAGAGUUCAUAAACGAACAUAAUGUGGAAAAUUUAAUCCCUAGUAGCAAAGACUUUAAAAUUGAUGCAAAUGAAAAAUUAAAUGAGAAACAUAUAAAAGAUCAUAUUACAGGUGAACCUGAAUGUGUGGAAUUUAAAUUAGAAAAAAACACAUGCAGAGAACAAUUAUUACAAAAAGAAAUUUGUUUAAGAAACAUAAGUGCUAUACGAAAUUGUAAUGUAUCUCCUGAUUUAUUUGAUGAUGUUAAUGAUACAUUGAAAAGUGAAAAAACGAAAAAAAAGGUAAACCGUGGUGUGGAUCGAAGUAUUGAAAUUGAAAAAACAAAAAUUGAUGAAGAUUUUAGCAUACUUGACUUAGUCAAUGAAGUAACAACCAAGGCUGCUAAUUUUUCAACAGCUGAGAAUAUUUCUUCAUUUAAAAAUACUGCAGAAAUUAUAAAUUUAUUGUCAAAUUCUCCACAUGUUAGCACACCAAGGAAAAAAGAUCAUUCGAAUAUAAUAAAGUCAAAAAGCAAUCUUAGUUUAUUUAUUGAACAAUUUCAAGCAGAAAAUGCAAAAUCUGAUUUUGAUUCUGAUUCGGAGCCUUUAAUGUUACCAACAUGUUCUAAGCUGUGUAGGAAUCCCUUUAAUAUAAAACAGCAUGAUACUUCUAAUGAAUAUCAUAUGUCCAAUAUAAAUACUAUUAUAGAAAAAACAUUAAAAAGAGAAAAAAAUAUUCUAAGUAUGUUUGCUCGAGUUACAAAUUCUAAACUAGGUACAAAGGUGUUACAGGAAGAAAAUGAUACUGAUAUAUGUUUGAAUCUUGAGACAGUCGAUAAUGUAAUGCAGUCAUCAGAAUUGAAUGUAGGAGAAUGUACUGUGAAGCUUAAAAAGAAUAAUUUAAUAAAUAGAAGUUUGAAUGAUGUAGGAAAGGAACUUCAAGAUGAAAUAAUGCAUUCUACAUCCAAGCAUAAUGAAAAUCAAGAUAAUGUAUCUUCAGACUUCGAUACAGACGAAGAUGAAAUAUCCAUGUAUUCAAAGUACAAAAAAGGACAUAAAGAUAAUAGUAUAGUAAAAUACCGAAAUUUUAUACAAAAACAUAAAUUAAACAGUAGUGUAAAAGAUGAUAUAAUAUAUGAAUAUCGAAAAAACAAAAAUAUGGAUAAUGAUAUUCCAUCAUUAAGCACAGAUGAAGACUCUGAAUUUACAAUAAAUUUAGUAAAAGAACAUGAUAAUCUAGUAGAAACAAAAAAAUUAACUUCUAAGUAUAAAAACUGUGAACAAAUUUCUCAACAAAAUCCGUGUAAUCUAACUAAUGAACGUGUUAUAAAUGAAAAAGAUAAUCACUUGUCUACUAGUAUUACAUCACCAAUAAGUACUCAAAAAAACAUUAAAAACCCAAGAAUAAAUAAAUCAAAUAAAUUAAGAUACAGUAAAUCCGAAAGUAAUAUAGAUUUACAAACAAUAAAACAAAAUUCACUCCUAUUAAGGGAACCAAAUGCAAAUAGAUAUAUUUCAUUGGAUUCCCCUAUAUUAGUACCUUCCAGCCCUGAAUUAGAAUGUGAUAUUUUAAACGUGUAUAAGUGCGAACAAAACAAAACGAAUAAAAAUAUUUCAGACUCUGAAAAGUCUAAUGAUAAUAAUUAUGUUAUUGAAAAUGAUAUUUAUUUAGCAAAUGUGUACAUUGAUGAUGAUGAUACUAUCCCUUCACCAUGUAGUAAAGGAGUAUAUAAGUUAAACGAAGAAACUGUAACAAUUAAUGAAAAGAAUGAUUUGAUUACAACUACCGACUCUUUUGUAGAAAAAUUAAAAAACAAUGAAGGAACUUUAAUUACAAAUCAAAAUAGCAGAAAAUUUCAAAGAAAAUCAAUAUCAGAAAUAAAUUUACAUACUAACCCAAAAGGUAUUCAAAGUGACGUAUUCAAGUUUUAUAAUAAUUUUAAUAAAUCUCAAUGCAGAUGUAGUUGUACAAAAAUUUUAGAAGUAGCUGCAUCACCUGAAAUUAUUAGAGACAAUGUUACUCCUCCUCCCAAUUACAAUGAUAUGAAAACACCUGAACUCAUGUAAGUUAAUAAACCAUGUUAUUUUAAAAUAAUACAGAUAAUAUAUUAUAAUGAAUUGCAUCCUACAAUUUUUGCAACAUCAAAAAAUGUAGAAUGUGAUUUCGCGGUAAUGAAUAGUGAAGAUGACGAACCACCAAUGAAAAAACUAAACAGUAAACAAAACGAUGUUGAUUAUGUCCAUAAUUAUGAAUAUCAAUUACCACUUUCACAAGCCAAUACCAUAAACAUGCAAUUACCAAUAAACAUAAUAGAUGAAGAAAAACAAUUUAAUGAACAAGAACCUAUGUCUGUAACCAAUAAUGUACCAAAUAUUAAAGAUAUGUUUUUAAAACUUCUUACUGUUAAGAAAGAACUACAUGAUAAAAUUUUGACUUAUGAACCAUUGUGCAUUAAUUCUUUAUAUUCUAUGUUUAAAGCAGAAGGUUUCCGAUGUAAGAUGAAUACCCUCAUGGACUUUUUAGAUGAACAGUGUAUUACUUUUUAUUGUUAAGAAACAAAGCAAAAGAAAGACAAAUUGACUUCUGCAUGA